CCUGCAUGUGACAAGUCAAACACAAGAUACAUAGUGAUACAACCCACCAGACAAUACAAUGUCAAUAGUAUGCUACAGCAUGAAGAAGACUGUGGGGGUGCUUCUCUCGGUGAGCCUGCAAAAUCUGCUCUAUCUCUUCGUCAAUAUCGUUGGUUGAUUCAAUCUAGGAGAAAGAGGUCCAUGUCAGAUGACGCGAGAAACACAGAGUAAUUCUCACCGCAGUGGCAAGAUCGACUAUCGCCUUCCCUGCUAUGUGGGCCUCUUCGUGAUUAUCUUUGAUUUCCAAAUUAAUUAUAUGAACGGGCUUGUUGAAAUCUCCACCUCGAGUCAGAAGAUCUAACGAAACGAUACCUCAGCAACAAUUCCACGUUUCUCAUAUCAUGAAAUUGCACUUACCAUCACAGACAGCGUCAAAACAACGCUCUUCGCAAGUUAUCACGACGUCUGCCACCGUCCUAGUGUCCUGCCAUCGCUCGGGAGCUACUUUAAUUUUCCGAUUACGAUCCAGCAUUUGAAGUAGACCGUUGGCAGUGUAACUAUUGGAACGCGUGAAUGAACACCUGGUUCACAUCGGCAUCUCUUCGUCCACUCACAGUCGAGGAUCCUUAUUGUGCAGUUCUUCGUAAAUGUCAUUGUAUGGGGUACCAAAGGGGUAUAUGUUGGGCUUGUCUAUGGCAGGACCCGGAAGUCUAACAGCAGAUCCAGUUCCAGAUGAGAUUACACGAAAACCAGCUUUGCUAUGCCAUCUGUCAGCGUUAUGGAUUAAGAGAAAGUCAAUAUUGAAUAUGUCAUCGAAAACAAACAACGAAUGGCGACAAGUUCCCACCUGAUUGCUCGCGCAGACUACACAGAAAAGAGGUCUUGGCUUAUAGAUAGAUGAAUUAUUUGAUGGUAGUGAUUGUUGUGGCAAAGAAGAAGCAUCUUGAGCCUCUUGCGCUAGUUGUUCAUUUGAUACAGGACCAGAUGAAUAUUGCAUGGGCGGAUAUUGCGAGUAUGAGCUUGUACUUGGUUGUGGAUAUGAUGAGGUCGGCGGUUGUUGGGACGGAGGAGUUGGCUGUUGUGGUGGCGUUGGCACAGGUGAAUUUGAGUGGGGUCGCUGCUGCAAGCGAGGAUCCAUACGAGCCAAACGAGGAUCACGCGCCCUUCGAGGAUCCAUGGUUGUUGCUUGACGUUAUGGGGCAGUAACUGACUUCACAAACUGAAAAGUCGUGUAAUGAGCUCAGUGCACUUGGCAAUGAAAAUACAAGGUAAACUUCAGCAGUAUCUAGAACAUUUUUCUGUCUCCUUCUCGACCCAGCUGAGUGGUUACUUCGCAGGUCGAUGCAAGAUUCCACUCUGAAUCAUCACUAGAGUAGCUGAAUGGAACGAAG